CUUAACUCGUCAUGCGACACGUCUCUUGCUUUUCCAUUUCUUUCCUCAUCAACUUUCCGUCUUGACACAACCGCCGUGAAUAUAUUGCCAUCAAGGCGAUAUUUUCAAUUCAAGUGAUCUUCACGCCGUUCAACACAAACAAAAAAAAGCAAUCUCGUAAUUGUAUACACAAUCUAUCGUUCUUGUUUCUUGCUGCGCGGUGUUAGUCCUCGAUCUAUGGACGGUUCUUUUGCCCAGCUGAUUCCUCGUAAUCAUGGCUCAAGUUAGCAUCCCAAAAGAACCCGUCGCCAUAGCUUCAGGCUAUCACCCGGGCGGUCAGAAUGGAAGUUUAACACCAGCUGAUCUAGAAGAGAUCCGCGAAUAUCAGAAGGUUAUCAGCUUUCGAGAUACCAUAGUAUCUGGCAAGCAUCCUCGUAUCAAGGUUGCUGCUAAGUCUUCCACUCCAGCUCAACAAGCUCAAGCUACUUCUACUUCGCUCGCGACAGAUCGCGUUGCGCCAUCAUCGUCGCUCACACAACCCCAAGCUUUGCAAAAUCUACAUGCACCUAAUCUCAAUUCCCAUCAGGUGGACAAUCUUAAUUCUUUCAAGGUCAACUCACAACAAUCAGCUGUCGCCGCAACUGCGGCUGGUGCUCCUGGCGCCUCUGGUGCUUCUGGUGCUUCCUCUACAUUUAUCCCAGGUGUCUCGACGCCUUUAGAUCAUAAGACAGCCAUUCAGAACUUUAAAACUAAAACAUGGUAUCUUGAGAGACAAAGACAAAAGCUCGAACAGGAACUCGCAGAGCAGGUUCAGCUGCGACCAGCCUUGAUAUCCUCAUCUGAGCAUAUUGACUUAGAUCUUGCAGAUGUUUUGGCAAAGGCAAUAACUGUCGUACAGGCCACGGCUCCGAUGUCUAUCGAUACCCCUAACGCUGCCACCAUUUCCGACUCGAACGAUUCCUUUGAUGAUAAUACGUUUUAUUCCAGUUCGUUAGAGACCCCAGGCUCGCGUGCCUCGCCCGCCUCGCCUCGAGUCCAGAAGGUGACGAGUCAAGAUGCACCAGGGCAGGACAACGUUACCCCCCAGCGUAGACAAAACGCAGCGCCGCCGGUCAGACCGCUGCCUAGUCAAAGCGAACAGCCGACUCAGGCCGCGAGUAGUUCGCGCCAAUUGCCACCGAGCACUGGCAUCCCACCCCAGCCUACUCAAGGCCCUGAAUCGUCGUUGGUAGCACAGUUCCACCAGUUGCACUCUAUAGAGCCGCAGGUUAUCAGUUCAGACAGCGGUCCUGCUAGUAGGUCAGACAAUGGCAAUACAGAUUCGGAUCAGCCUGGUGACUUUAGAACUCGCCUCGCCGGCUUACUUCCUCCUCCCUUGAUGCACCAACAGCAUCAGGGCCCGUUAGUCCGAGCUCACGAUCUUUCGCCGUAUGCCCCCCAACCUGCACAUAUUUCAUCGUUAGCAACAGCUCGGGUACCACCUACGUCCGAUCCAGAAAUUAGCAUCUUGCCAGGUGCACCGGCACAGGUAACUGCACUGAGACAAGAGCGUGGAGCUGUCACUAGUCCUGAGAGCUCCCCCCAAGGAGAGAAAAGAAGCAAGAAGAAGAAUAACAAGAAGAACAAGAGAAAGGCCGAGCCGAGAGUAUCAGACGUCCCGGGAUCUCCUUACAUCAAGCCCGAACCUCGAUCGCCUUCACCUUUGUCGGCUCCGCAAUUUGCCCGACCUCCUCAGAAGCGACUACGAUCCGGCUCCCAUCAUCAGCCAGAGCUAGUGUAUGAUGAGCCACGAAUCCAGCGACCAGUGUCUGUACUGCGUCGCGAACAGUUUAGUACGGUACAUGCGCCAAUUGAUCGGUCUCCUUAUGGGUUUGAAAGAGUGGACGAUCCGUACGCAAGACAAUUGCACCAUUCUGUAGCUCCGGCAAGCCAGAGAUUGGAGCGCGCCGUGUACGAAGAGCGACGAGCUGACGGAGCGGCCGUGCAAUAUGUCCAACGGGUUCAAUCUCCCUAUGAUUAUGCGACUCCCUACAGCGUUGUCGAGUCGCGCCCUUUACGCUCGGCUAGUUACUCCUUAAACCCCCAGUAUCGAGAGUUUUCUACUUACCCGCGGGAUGGCCGAAUGAGUGCGCGGCCUUAUGCUGAUCGUGCUAGAUCACGAUCGCCUAUUAUUAUCGAGAGACGUUCCCCUGCCAUGGCACCUCCCGCGCCCCCGCCUCGUAUCAUAGUUGACCAAUAUGGUCGCGAGUAUAUCGAACCUCCCCGUGCUAGCACCGUUUCUCGUCAUUCGGUCGUACCAGCUCCGCGGCCAGCCGAACGCGAGAUUAUAUACGAACGAGUUCCGGCGCGCGUUCCGUCUCGUAUGUCCAGGGAGACAUUUGAAGAAGACGCGAUUCUCUACCGACGCUCGUCGCCUGCCUAUGCUCCUCGGCGUGUAUUCACACAGCCAGAAUACGGCGUUGAUUACAGAAGCUACCGUGAACGUGAUUAUCCGACGCAACCUAUUGGAGCACCCGGUCAAGAAUUUGCACCGAUCCGAGGAGCAAUUGGCGGACGGGCGCCGGAGGAUAUGUCUAGAGACUAUCUCCCUAGAGCCACAACCGUACGUCCAGCGGAGGCUGUGCCAUAUUAUCAUAGACCUGGUACCAUACGACCGGAUAUACCUCCCAGACAGUAUGCUGCUAGCGUUAACCCUGAGGUAAGAAGAGAUGUGGUGCCUCCGGUGGCUAGGGAGUUUAGCGUCAGACCGGUAGAACGUGAUGCACACAGACGCGAAUAUAGCGUUCGUCCAGUAGAUCGUCUGUAUAACAGACCACUACAUGCAGAUGAAGACGUCACCUUCAUCGAAAACCCCCAAGCAGCUCAACCGGAGAUUAUUUACACAGAAAAUAGUCGACGUCAGCCAUAUUAGUGAGCAUGUGCUACCUACGGGUGGUAUACAGGGGGUUGAACAUCAUGGCUAAACCUGAGAAGGACUAAUUGGAGAUAAUGUGCCUCGUUGGUUUUCCUACUGCAUAAGUAGCCGACGUUGGCAUUAUUCGGACGUGGUAAAGAGUUUAAGCCCUGCCAUAGUCUUGGUGUUGUACUGUACUGCCAUACUGGCUUAGCCGAGUGUGAAUCUGCUGAGCAUUGGCAUUGAGGUGGGGGUUCGUGAACUAAGGCAUUGGUUUAAGUGCCUAGUGUACUCUGGAAUUUGGGUGGCAUGCAGGCUUCCCUAUUUGACGAAGCUUGAUACAGUCGGGUGCUCGUGUACGCACUUGCACCGACUGUACAUAAUUCUUAGGCUGCCUCAAUCAACUACACAUAGGACCCCAAA